AUGCGUGAUGUCGCCAUUUCAGGUGACAGUCGCAUUGAGGACAAACAACAGGAAAAGCUCAGCCAUGAUCAGGACCUCAAAGGCUCUGAUGGCAUAAACCAGCCCAGAUCUGCCAGCACUUUCCAGUCCUCUUUUCACCUUUUCCCGCUUAUUCUUUUGUCUCGCCAGCAGAGCCCACCGGCAGUGAUCUUUGUCAUCCUCUUUGGUCUGUUCAUGCUGCUCAUCUUCUACAACUCCAACAGUCGGAACGAGGCCUUCCAUUACAACGCUGAGACCGCAAAUCUACCCCUGCCUUCCGAUCUCAGGAAAUGGGGGGUCAAAAGUGGAUACAGGCCUGCCUCGGGGAACAAGACUCUGGACCGCCAUUGCGGGCAAUGCGUGAUCAUCACCAGCUCCAGCCACGUCCUGGGGAGCAAGCUGGGGCCGCUUAUCGACCAAGCUGAAUGUAUCAUCCGCAUGAAUGACGCUCCCACCACGGGCUACGAGGCCGACGUGGGGCGCAGGACCACCUUCCGGGUCGUGGCCCAUUCCAGCCUCUUCCGGGUCCUGCGGAAGCCGCAAGAGUUUGUCAGCAAGACGCCAGAGAACAUCCUCAUCUUCUGGGGGCCGGAGGGCCGGAUGAAGAAGAGCUUGUUCAAGGUCAUCCAGCGGGCCAGCGCAGCUUACCCCAACAUGACCGCCUUCGUCGUGAGCGGCAAUCGCCUGGGGCAGUUUGACCGCUUGUUCAAGAAAGAGACCGGGAAGGACAGAGAGACAUCACGGUCGUGGCUGAGCACCGGCUGGUUCACCAUGUUGAUUUCGAUCGAGCUGUGUGACACGAUCCACGUUUACGGGAUGAUUCCUGCAAACUAUUGCUCCACGCAGAGACCACAUUCGCGCAAGAUGGCCUACCACUACUACGAACCCAAGGGCCCCGAUGAAUGCGUCACCUACAUCCACAACGAGUGGAGCAAGAGGGGAUACCAUCACCGGUUCAUCACCGAGAAGCGGGUCUUCGCCAAGUGGGCGAGCCUUUACAACAUCACCUUCUCCCACCCAUCCUGGAACUAGGAACCCGGAAGGAAACCAAGCGAACGAGACCAUGGGAAAAGGAGAAAGCCACAUAAGUGCCAAAUUGGCUGGGUUCGUGUGGGGCAAUCAAGGGAUGAAUCAAUGGGGAUGCCACGCGAUUCUGCGGAAGGGCACGAGAGCCAGUUCGGAUGGGGAUUCUUGGUUCUGUGAAACCAAGAAUUACAUCUCCCAGAAUCCGCAAGAAGUUGUGGAUAUUGAGGCAGCCUUUGAUAUCAGGAUCAUCUCAUGUUUGGCCCUCCCUCCAGGUGUUUUGGA